ACUAUACUAUUAUGACAGAUGGGAAUUCGAACUGUUGCAAGUCAUGAAUAAUGAUUAGCCCUCCCAACUUUAAAAACCCAAACAAUGGCCAGUCCCCACGAUGAAGAAACACGAAGUGUGCCUAAACAUGACAAAGCCCAGCCUUUUAGCCUCAAAUCUGGAAUACUGGAUGACAAGUCUCCCCCAAAAGUUGCGCACCACCCCCAUCAUAAAUCUGGCAAUUCCAGGCUCGCACGACAGCAUGACCUACGGCAUCACCAAAGACUCCGAAGUGUCGCCUGACGCCGAACCCAUCCUCCAACAGCUCAAAUUCCUCGGCCCCAUUUUGACCACGUUCAUGGAGCGCUGGUCCAAAACCCAGGCCGCCUCAGCCACCCAGCAACUCAAGCUGGGGAUUCGCUAUUUUGACCUGCGCAUCGCCACCAAGCCAAACGAGGACAAGUUUUACUUCGUCCACGGGCUGUACUCGGGGGAAGUUGGGGGGAUUUUGGACGAAAUCAAAGCGUUCCUUGAUACGCACCCGUUUGAGGUCGUUAUCCUCGACUGCCAACACUUCUACGCCUUUGAACAAGCCGACCACGAGCGCCUUAUGCAACUCCUCACCUCGGUGUUUGGCCACAAGUUGCUCCCGUACAUGUCCCAUAUGGACCACAUCACGCUCCAGUACAUGACCAACGAGUGCAGAUACCAGGUCAUUGUGGUCUAUCGCUCAGACGCCGCCCGCUUCGGGCAGCCCCUUUUGUGGCCCUCGGGCUGUUUCCCCACCCCGUGGGCCAACACCGACUCCAUUCCGGAGCUGAUCGCGUUUCUGAGCGACAUGCUGAAGCAGAGGGACCCCCUUAUGGGGUACAUCUCGCAGUGUGUGUUGACCCCGUCGUCGUGCUUCGUGGUCACGCACUUGUUUAGUACUUUGAAAGACCAGUGUUUUUUGCCGCUUGAGGGGGAUAAAUACCAGUGGUUGAACGAGCAAAUGCCGGGACGUGGAGGUGUUAAUAUAAUUAUUUCCGAUUUUGUCGAUUACGAGGAUGGGAAUUUUGCCAGGUUUGUGAUUGGGUUAAAUGAUAAAUUGAUCGAAGGGGGCGUUAAAAGCGAACUGGGGGGUUACUUGACCCCCAUUGGCCACUAACUAAACUUCCUAAUGAGAUUAUUAGAAUUGUAGAAUUUGUUUUUAAUUUAAUAAUUUAAUAACUGAAAUUAAGUUGGCAGCUUAAAUUCAAACUGGAAGGUCACUUGAUCAGAAAUUGUUUCAAGACGUUAUUAAGACUGAACUAUACUGGGUAAGCUUAUUAAGGGAGAACUGUUCAACCGAAUGUGCGAAUGACAAAAUUUUAUACUUAAUUUUUAAGAAGAAAAAUAUUAAACAUUGUUUUUUUACAAAUGGUUUUUCCUAAAAUAAAACAUUACUUAACGGGUUACUAGAAAAAUCAAAAUUUUAUUAUUUUUUUUUAUUUUUUUAAGCGAAAACCGAAGUAACUAGACGUUUUUAAUUAGAACGUUUGUUUUUUUACAAGGAAUCUAAAUCUGUCAUCGUAUUUUCCAAGGUGUUGAUGUCAACACUCAACUUUGGUUUUUCUUAUGGAAGUCAUAUUUGCUUUUUGUAAUUUUUUAAAGUGUAUUUAUUCUUAAUUAUAACUAUGUAUUACAUGAUAUGAUCCAAUUUUAUUUGCUGAUUAAAAUGAUAAAAAACGCCAACAAUUUUGUUUUUAAACAAACUAGAUUUUGGAGAUUUAAUUGAAUUUGGAUAUGGAAGGUUCAAAUUUUUGCCAAGCUUACUUCUUUAAAAACUAAACGGCUUAAUAAACUAGAAGUUUAUUCUUCGCAAAAUAAAACAAGGCAAUGUGAUAAGACUUAUGCUCGCAUAUUUAAUAGAACUGUCAAAAUAUAGUUUUUUUUUUCAAAACAUUCUUUGCAAAGACGUUUUUUUUAAUUUUGUUUCUUAAAUGCCAACUAAUGUCUUAUGAUGUAUUAGCUGUUUCAAAGCUAUAAAAACGCCAACGUAGUUUUUUUUAUGUGAUUUGAUUAAGUUUUUCGUAGAAACAUUUAAAAAGGUGAUUUUUUAACUCAACAAAAUUAACAGCAUAAAGAGACUUCAGGUUUCCAACAUUUUUGAGAAAGAAACCGUCUAAAAUUAACUGAGCUCAGGAAAGUUGUUGUUUGCAGCGUUUGCUGCCAGUUUUAAAUUAUCAAAUAAUUUAUGCACUGAGUUUUACCAUUUUAAGACAAAAAAUUGUCUGAAAUUGUAUUUUUUUUUUCUAAAUUAGGGCCGAAAUCGUAGUUUUUUGUCGAUAGAAUUAAGCUAUUUUAAAUUUGCGACAACAGGUUUAGACAUUUUGAGUCAGAAUAAUCUAAAAUCAAACAAUUUUAACAAACUUUUCAGGCAGCCUUAAAGCAAUUUCUACUUUUUUGACUGCGAGUUUUGACCCUUUUUCCACAAUAUACAAUAAUGUAAUUUACCAUGAUGUAAAAAACAUGUUAUUACCUUUCUUAAAAAUUUAGUUUCAAAUUUUUUGUUUGUUCACAUGCUCGGUAGAGCAGUUCGCCUUUAAGCGCCUUAGUAUAUUCAGCCUUAAGAAACAGUCUCUAAGUCUUGCCGAUCAGGUGUUUACUAUUUUAUGUGAUAUUUUUAAUGCCUUAUUGAUGUGUUGUGAAAAAACUACUUCGUAGGUGUUGGGACUAUAGUUACCUUAAACUGUGAUCUAUAUACUCAGAAACUUCUUAUAAUUUAACAGAUAAUAAACUAUUCAUAUACACUA